CAACUCCCAGGGUGCUUUGCGGCCUCCUGUUCCGCCCUCCUCCGGCGGAACUACAUGUCCCGGCAUGCACCGCUCCCCUCCUCUGUGUGCGAGGCGCGGCAGAGGCCGAGGGACGCCAAGCCUGCGCCCGCCGCCAUGCGCCUCUCGGCCCUGCUGCCCAUGGCGGCGCGGCUGAAGCUGCCGCGCGACUACCGCCACGGCACCUGGCCCCCCUGGUCGGCCGCGGCCCAGCAGAGGAACCCCCCGGGGCGCCGGCGCAAGAAGAUCUUCGUGGAGCCCAUCAGCAAGGACGACUGGAAGGUGUUUCGGGGCGACACGGUCCAAGUCCUGACGGGGAAGGACGCGGGGAAGCAGGCGAUGGUGACCCAGGUGGUGCGAGCCCGCAACUGGGUUGUCGUGGAAGGCUUGAACACGCAUUACCGCUACAUCAACAAAAUGGCCAAAUACCCCGGGACGUACAUCGCCAGCGAAGCGCCCCUGCUGCUCAGCCAGAUCUCCCUGGUGGACCCCGAGGACAGGAAGCCGACGGAGGUGGAGUGGCGGUACACGGAGGAGGGCGAGCGGGUCCGCGUCUCCCUGCGCAGCGGGCGGAUCAUCCCCACGCCCUUGCGACACCGCCGGGACGGCAUCGUCCCCGACCAGUGGAUAGAUGGCCCAAAGGACACGUCGGCGGAAGAUGCGCUGGACAAGACGUACGUGCCAUCCCUAAAGACCUUCGAGGAGGAGAUCAUGGAUGCGAUGGGCAUCGUGGAGACGCGCAGGGCCAAGAAAUCCUACUGGUAUUAAUGGUCCUGGUUGAAGACGGGAGGAAAACUGAAACCCGUGCCCCUGGGCAGCAGCCUGCAAUAAAGACACCCCUUUCUUUUA